AUGGAUAAGCUGAACAUGUUUUUGGCGGCCGUGGAGCCCUACACGCGGUUUUUCCCGGCGGAUCCUGCUUGCAACGAAGUGCGCUCCUCUCCUGUGGAGGGUCCCUUUCUCCAGCAGCAAAGGAGUUGUGGGGCAGAGACGUUGGGGCCCUCGCCCCUGCUUUAUUACUCCAGCCUGAAGGAGCUGCAGGAGGUGGAAGACUUGAGGCUGCAGGUGGCAAUGCUCAGACAGCAGAUCGACAUGCAGAAGGCCCUGGAAGGCGAGCUCCUCCCCCUUCUGGAACCCAGGCCCCCUCGGCAAGGCUCCGGGGCUUCCUUGUACCGUGCCCUUUACAUGCUGCUGUGCGAGGGCUGGUCAGCGAGGAGGACCUGUCCA